GGUAAGUCGUGGUUGGCGUUGAUUUUCUUUUUACUGUUAGUCUGCGAUGAAUUCGUCCCGUAAAUUCAGUAUUCAUCUCUCUUUAUAUAAUAACCUGUUCAUUUGGCAAAUAAUAUCCAGUUUUGUUUCGCAUGUUCAUCUACUAAUAUAUGCUCAUUCUAAUUUGAUAGGUUACCAAUAGAUCUCUAUCAUGAGUGAGAGCUUUUCUUCUAAAUUUGCUCAGUUAAACGUACGGUCGGAGAAAAGUAGUCACAGUGAUUCCUCCACAAACCAUCAACAUACAAACGGUGAGGAGGAGAAGGGAUCUAAAGGAAAUCCAUGGAAACCAAGUAAGUUCCCUACUAUGUUUGUUGGCCGAACGACAGUAGUACCUAGCUCUGAAAACAACUCUCUUGAGGCAGAUGCUUGGCCCGAGCCUUCAGCGCCUGCUGAACAACGACGAAUUACUCGGAUUGCAGAGGAAAAACCGAAAAGUAAGUUAACGCUUCUUUGAAUCGAAUCUGAUUAGGGAAACUGAAGUGGCAGAAUUACGAGGUGGACGACGCAGCGUGUGGCUUUUCACGAGGGCGUGGUCGUCAUUCUGUUGGACCGUUUACCGGGGCAAACUACGCGGCGAGUGGUAAUGUUAGAUCGUUUCGUAGAGGUAAGCAAUGUACAACUUAUAAUUCUUUAGGUUUUGGAGGCUAUCGCAGUCGCAUCCUGACAGACGCAAAUAGAGGCCGCAACAGCAAUGGGUUUUAUCGUCAUCCGGGGCGCAUGGCAAACAUACGAUCAUGUGAGCCAAAGGAGCACACAAAUGAACCUGCAAGAAGUAGUCCUGGUCAGCCGACCUCAGAAGCUUGCAAUGUCAUGAUCGACGGAUUACAAUCAAGCACAGAUGUCUCCCCUUCCGCAGAAAAGGUCUCUGAUGGUGGACAAAAUGUACUGGAAUCACUAGAGGCAUCUGGGCAGCAGUCAGAGACAGAACUGCAGACGCCAAAGGCAAACACCGUGUCUGUUGUAACCGGUCCAACACCUCGCAAGGGCUAUCGUGAUAGAACCAAUGUCUCUUCUCAGUCAGGCAGUCAGAUGAAUAACAUCCCAUCAAACUACGAUGCAGGGCCGGUCGGACGUGCAAGACGGUCGUACCAAAGACAACAUCAGCCUAUGUUUCCUGCUGAAACAGAAAACCACAACCUGAACUCUCACCCAUCGUUAGUUGCAAAUACGUCUAUCCAACCUCUUAUCCCUUUCCAAACAAUACCUCAAAUUGCCUACAUUAUCCCUGGAACACCUGCGACGAUGUUGGGUACCGCUUUGCAGCUCCCUCAGACUCCUGCUUCACAUACAAUUAUUCCCCAUAGCGUAUCAAUAGCCAAUAAUCAUAUCUUGCCUACUCAACCAUCAGUCCAGCAUCCUAUUGCGGCGUUGCCACAUAUACCAGUCGAGAAUAUCACUUUACCUAUUCUCUCUGACGUGCCGACGCUCCAGGCGGUACAUUCUGGAUUCAAUCCGCAGUCUUCCGUCACUUCCACCACUACAGAACAACCAGCUGAUACGAUUGAGGUAGUCGAUGUAACUCAGGUGAUUUCUUUUAUCAAUGAUGCAGGAUGGAAAAAAGUAGUUUUUCCUAUAAGUCUUCGAGAGCAUCGUGCAGUUGCCGCCGCUUUAAAGGAUGCCCUUGGGUCAACAAAUCAAGACUUAGCUGAUUUCACCGAGUCAGCAGCCAACAAAAAUGACUUAUCUGCAUCCUCCACACAGUCCCGUAAUGAUGACGUUCCCGCACGGCCAGUCAAAGCUGAUGAUGUCAUUAUUGUCGAGGAUCGUGUAUUUUUUGUUCCUAAGAACGUGAAUCGGACGAAAUUCUUGAAAUUCUUGUCAAAAUUGGAUUAUAUCAAGCAUCAUGUCGAAUACUACUUCAGUGAAAGCAAUUUACAACGAGAUUCCCACUUGUUUUCAAUACUCACUGCCAAUCAAGACGUCUGCCCUUUGUCUGAGCUUCUGCAGUUUAACCGACUUCGCUGGGUGUCCACCACUGAAUCUGAGUUACUUGAUGCUGUUUCCAGCAGUAGCGUUUUAUUGGUAGUCUUUUCUCCGGACGGCUCACCAACUGGAAUUACUCGUGUUUGCACAAUGACUAAACAGGUGAAUGAAAGUUGUGCACCUGUGGAUAUAAGUUAUGCACGUCCUAUAAACCAUAGUGUUGUCCUGACGAGUUCAGCUGUUGAUCAGGAUGUAAGUUUUAUGCAGGUUCCAGUUUGUAAUCAGUCUCAGACACAUCCUGGUGUCGACCCCUCUAGUCAGAGUUUGCCGGUAAUGAAUCCUGCUUCUUCUGUACAUUCAUUUGGUAGUGUUCAGGUUUCGGCAAACAGCAACAAUACACCUUUUCCAGUCACAACUCAGAUCCUGGGUGUUGCGGCACACUCAUUGAACACACUGCCGCAUAACUCACAUCCAAACUAUAUUCAGUCUUCAGCUCAUAUCCUUAGUCCCAACAACCUUGGGAUUUUGACAAGUGCUGCGCCGGCAAAUAUUUAUUCAAACUCUUCACCAUCACAACCGCAUGCAGCCACUACGACGCCUUUCUACCAGGGUGAUAUUGGUCCACAAUCCAGCACAAGAUCGCCCCAGCAAACUCCAUUCAACUGUCCUCAACUAUACUCCCAGCAGCAAGCUGCUGCACUUGUAGCAGCAGCCGCAAAUCAAUGUAGUUUGUUGGCUUCAGGACCGAAUGCUCCAACCUUACCUCCGACGGACCCGAACACAGCGUCCUUCAUAUCCGCAUUGUAUCGUCUUGCCACUCCAGGUAAUACAGCCCCUUUUGUCGGGACAUAUGUACCUUCCGUCGGUAACCCUAGCAACAUCGCUGGGGGUGCUCCUAAUUCGGCUGUUUUCCUUCAGUUUAUUCCAGGUGCUCAUCUUGGUCAAACUAACGCUUAUUUCACUCCUACUGCUAUCAGUUGUCCACCAGGCAAUAAUUCGCUUUUGAACCGUUCUAUUCCCACACAUCCAAGUGGAAUGUGGAUUCCGCUCAACGCAGGUUCUGUUGCCAACGGUGGUAUUGUAUCAGCGCACCCUUACCAACCCUAUGUGGCGCUCACACAAGCUCAUUCGAGCUUAUCAGUCCCUAAUAACGCAAGUGGUAACGGAGCGCUGUAUUCAGUUACUUCAUCGCACUCGUUCCCUACAGCUUUUGGGACAGUCCCUACCUUGACUAUUGGCCCUGAUAUCUCCGGCUUUGCAGUCCAGAAAAUGUUUAAUCACACACAUUCGUUGAGCAAUCCUCAAACGUACACAAACCAUCAGUCUCCAAUUACUUCAGGCGCAAAUGUAACGACGAUAAACACACCAUCCAGUCACGCUUCUCAAGUCAAUGUUAUUCAUGGUCCCGCUUCUGGACAGCAACAGUCAGGAGGUAAUUUAGUUUUAGGAAAGCGAAUGCCCACAAACCCUCAGCCGUGAUUUAGCUCUUCCUGAAAAUAUUUCAUAUGACCUCAUGUGUACAGUGUAUAGUCCCCUUUAUUCCCAGAUUCUUUGUAAUUCUCUUUGUGUCCCAUUAACUUGGAAUCAGUUUGCCUCACAAUGCCAUACUGUGCAGUCCUAGUAGUUGGUCUAGUCAGUAGUUCUUGCGCAUGCAUUAACUGUAUGACUGUGUUCAUAUUUUGUGCCUUUGAUCUGUUUCAAGUGAUCCGUAUUAUUUUUGUAAUUUCAGCUGCUAUCUUAAUGCACUUGCUCUUCCAAAUGUUAAAAGGCACAUAUAUAGCUAGGUGGGCUUUUACAUUUUUCGCCUGUGAUAUAAAUCUUCACGUUUUAUGACUUCUACUUCAGGCUGUGCCUGCUUUUAAGUUGUACCCUUAUUGUCCACAGUUAUACCUUUGAACUUUUUUUUAGUUUAGUACCAACAAUCACAAUACUUUUUAAAAUGUAACCUGUUGAACUUGAAUGCUUUUAGUUUCCUUAUGUUCAUCCCUCAAGUGCACUUGCUCUGUCUUCCAUUGUGGUGAACCGUAAAAUAUAUAAACUUGCAGUUAGGUUUCCUCAUUUUGCUUCCUUAUACUGAUUAGUAUAAUUAUCUAUCUAAAUAUUUCCAUCAAUAAAUACUACUCAUUCCAUAAGUCUGCUCAUUGUAAAUAGUUCUUUACUUAUUCCUAAUCUUGAAUGUGUGUAUGCUUUUUUGUGAUGUUCGUAGUGAUGGUUUUCGCGUGUAACACAUGAUGUAUUUGUCAAAAUGAGUCUCUAGUAUUUCUUUUAUUUUCAAGCUCUUCUAUUCUCAUCUGUUACUAAUCAGAUUCUUCAAAAUAAAAAGUAUCCAAAAAAUCCUAAUUCUCUG